AUUUUUUUUGGUUUUUCCUGUUCUGGUUUAGCUUAGUACAAAAAAACAUUUUUUUCUGAAGACUCCAUUUCUGGAGUAGAACAAGAAUCCUUCAGACGUCCUCAUUUUUUAAUGAAGUGAGUCAGUGAAGGAGGAUGGCGCAUGUUUCAGAACAUCUUCUGGUCGCUCUGGAUGAUCUAGGCACAGAAAACCUGAAGAGGUUUAAAUGGCACUUAAGGAAUCAAUAUUAUGUUUCCAGUGCUGCUCUGGAGAAGGUGGAUGCUCCUGACACAGUGGAUCUGAUGAGAAAGCGUUUUGGACCAAAAGAAGCUGUGAAGAUCACGGUGGAGAUCCUGAGGAAGAUGAACCAGAACCAUGUGGCUGAACAGUUAGAGGACAAACACAAACAAGGUCAGGCUGAGGGCAGUACUGAGGAUCCUGCCCCUGUUGGAGCCAAAUCAAAACCGAUCGAGGAAACGGAAAUCAUAGAAGAUUGGGAGGACAUGAAGCUCGAGAUAAAGAUAAUGCAGAGGACGUUCCGGAAGAGAAUUCAGCAAAGGGAGAAAGAUCUUCAGCAGCUGAGAGAGGCUUCGAAGUCUUAUAAGGGCUCUGCACAGGCGGCAGUGGAGGAAAGUGAGCAGAACUUUUCUGAGCUCAUCCGCUCCAUUCAGAAAUGCAGUUCUGAGUUUACACAGCGGAUCAGAGAUCAGGAACAGUCUGCACUUAGUCGAGCUGAUGGAGGACUGGAGCAAAUGGAGCAGGAGAUCAAUGAUCUAAGGAGGAGGGACGCUGAGCUGGAGCAGCUCUCACACACACAGGAUCACGCCCAGUUUCUGAAGACUUUCCAGGCCCUUUCAUCACCUCCUGAAGCAAAAGAAGUACCCAACAUUCCCUUCACUUCUCUCUUCUCUUUUGAUGGCCUGAGAGAAUCUGUCCGUCAGCUGAGAGACAAACUGGAGGAUUCCUGCAAAGAGGAGCUCAAAACGAUCUCUGAGAGAGUCACAUUUACCAACCUUGUUUCUAGGACCAGAAACGACCUCCUACAAUAUUACCGUCCGCUCACUCUGGAUCUGAACACGGUGCAUCAAUGCAUCCGUCUGUCUGACAGCAACAGAAUGAUUACUUUCAUUAACAAUAGCUUUAGCAUGUACGCAGAGCUGCCAUAUCCUGAUCACCCAGAGAGAUUUGAUAAUUGUUGUCAGGUGUUGUGUAGAGAGGGUGUGCAUACACGCAGUUACUGGGAGAUUGAGUGGAGUGGGAGUGUGUGUAUAGCAGUGUCAUAUAAGAGCAUUAGGAGGAAGGGAUGGGGUAAUCAAUGUGAGUUUGGAUUUAAUGAUCAGUCUUGGAACUUUUCCAACUCUCCCAGCAGGAAUUUCUUUGUACACAAUAGUGUUGCGACUGAACUCCCUGUAAAGCCCAUCAGCAGUAGAAUAGGAGUGUUUGUGGAUCACAGUGCAGGAACUCUGUCCUUCUACAGCGUCUCUGACACAAUGGACCUCAUCCACACAGUCCAGACCAUAUUCACUUAUCCGCUCUAUCCUGGGUUUGGGCUUGAUAGUGACUCCUCACUGAAACUGUGUUAAUGAAUCGGAAUAGACUGACGAGAGAUUUUGACACUUUGAGCUGCGUGUUGAAUCAGUAACAGUGAGAUGCUAUAGAGAGUCUGGUAACACUUUAUUUUACAGUGUCAUUGUUACAUACACAGUAUGUAGUUACUAUAGUAAUAGAAGUAAAUUUUACAUAAUCACAUGCAAGUAACCAUAAACAAAACCAAAUCAAACCCUAAUCUUAACCCUAUAGUAAGUACAUUGCUUUAAUUAAUAUUCUUCCGUCCUUAAAAUAAAUAAUUUACUCCUUGGACAUCUAAACCUGUAAAAAAAAAAAAAAAAAAAAAAAAAAAAAAAAGAA